AUGUGGGCAAGCAAGAAGCUGAACUUUGAUCUAGAAAGCACGGGGAAAGUUUGGAAGUUGCAAUUGAACCAGCUGGUCGAGUGGCAAAUGAACGCCUACGAAAAUGCCAAGCUCUAUAAGGAGAGAACCAAGAACUGGCAUGAUGACCGCAUAACCAACAGGACAUUCUUCGAGGGUCAACAGAAGAGUCUGCAGUUAGCAUUGGGUACUCGAUUGGAUUUUAGUACAACUUUUCACCUACAGACUGAUGUUAUCCGGCUACCAUUGGCAUGUCACCGUUUGAAGCCCUCUAUAGGAAGAGUUGUAGGUCUUCUGUGUUGGGAUGAGGUAGAAGAGAGGAAAUUGCUAGGACUUGAGCUAAUGCAAGCCACGAAUGAGGUAAUACAAAAGACUAGGGGUCAUGUGCAAACAGCUCAGAGCAAACAGAAAAGCUACGUCGAUGUGAGACGUAAGGACCUAGAAUUUGAGACUACUGUUAAAGUGUUCUUAAAGCUGGCACCUAUGAAGGGUGUUUUGAGGUUUGGAAGGAAAGAGAAGCUGAGCCUGAGGUUCAUUGGACCUUUCGAGGUCUUGGAGCGAAUUGGUCUCGUAGCUUAUCGAUUGACAUUGCUUCCAUCACUUUUUUCAAUUCAUAAUGUCUUCCAUGUUUUGAUGCUAAGAAAGUAUGUAACAGAUCUGUCCCAUGUAGUUGACUUUGAGCCAUUGUGGUUGAAUGGCAGCUUGAGUUAUGAAGAGAGGCCUGUGCAGAUUCUCGCCAGAGAGGUGAAGAUGUUACGCAAUCUUGAGUUAUAA